CGAGCUGCUGGUCUUCAGUUCCUCUGUUCAGACAUCCCAGAACUAGAAGAACACGCUGAAAACAUCCCAGAACUAGAAGAACACGCUGAAAACAUCCCAGAACUAGAAGAACACGCUGAAAACAUCCCAGAACUAGAAGAACACGCUACAAACAUCCCAGAACUAGAAGAACACGCUGAAAACAUCCCAGAACUAGAAGAACACGCUGAAAACAUCCCAGAACUAGAAGAACACGCUACAAACAUCCCAGAACUAGAAGAACACGCUACAAACAUCCCAGAACUAGAAGAACACGCUGAAAACAUCCCAGAACUAGAAGAACACGCUGAAAACAUCCCAGAACUAGAAGAACACGCUACAAACAUCCCAGAACUAGAAGAACACGCUACAAACAUCCCAGAACUAGAAGAACACGCUACAAACAUCCCAGAACUAGAAGAACACGCUAAAAACAUCCCAGAACUAGAAGAACACGCUAAAAACAUCCCAGAACUAGAAGAACACGCUACAAACAUCCCAGAACUAGAAGAACACGCUACAAACAUCCCAGAACUAGAAGAACAUGCUACAAACAUCCCAGAACUAGAAGAACAUGCUACAAACAUCCCAGAACUAGAAGAACACGCUAAAAACAUCCCAGAACUAGAAGAACACGCUAAAAACAUCCCAGAACUAGAAGAACACGCUAAAAACAUCCCAGAACUAGAAGAACACGCUACAAACAUCCCAGAACUAGAAGAACACGCUACAAACAUCCCAGAACUAGAAGAACACGCUAAAAACAUCCCAGAACUAGAAGAACACGCUAAAAACAUCCCAGAACUAGAAGAACACGCUACAAACAUCCCAGAACUAGAAGAACACGCUACAAACAUCCCAGAACUAGAAGAACACGCUACAAACAUCCCAGAACUAGAAGAACACGCUAAAAACAUCCCAGAACUAGAAGAACACGCUACAAACAUCCCAGAACUAGAAGAACACGCUGAAAACAUCCCAGAACUAGAAGAACACGCUGAAAACAUCCCAGAACUAGAAGAACAUGCUACAAACAUCCCAGAACUAGAAGAACACGCUAAAAACAUCCCAGAACGAGAAGAACACGCUUAGAAAAAAAAACCCAUUCAUGAUCAGUUAGAAGAUUUGACAGAAAACUGUUGGUUUGCAUUUAACAGUUUAACAUCCAGAGCUAAGGUCAGGUUUAGAGUUUAGAGCAGGAGAGUCCAACUCAUCAGCCUCCGUUUAUCAUUUCCACAUCACAACUUCCAGAUCACAGAGUGUCUACAAAGGAACACAACAUUUAGUCACAUCUGGAACUGAACCACAGAGGAUUUACUGGAGGAUCAGAACCACAAAAAUCAGACAAACGACAACAAACAACAAAAACAAGACAAAAUAUUACAAAAAUGAGACAAACGACACAAAACAAAACAAAAGACAAAAAAUAGACAAAAAAAUUACAAAGCGACAAAAAAAAUGAAGUAACAAAAAUGACACAAAAAAUGACAAAAGCAAGGAACAAAAUGACAAAAAAUAGGCAAAUGACAAAAGUCCAUCCAUCCAUCCAUCCAUCCAUCCAUCCAUUAUCUAUACACCACUUAAUCCUCACUAGGGUCAUGGGGGGCUGGAGUCUAUCCCAGCUGACUCAGGUGAAGGCAGGGGACACCCUAGACAGGUCACCAGUCUGUCACAGGGCUACAUACAGAGACAAACAAUCACUCUCACAUUCACACCUACGGGCAAUUUAGAAUGAUCAAUUAACCUCAGCAUAUUUUUGGACUGUGGGAGGAAGCCGGAGUACCCGGAGAAAACCCACGCAUCCACAGGGAGAACAUGCAAACUCCAUGCAGAAAGAUCCCGGGAAAGCCGGGACGCGAACCAGGGAUCUUCUUGCUGCAAGGCGAAAGUGCUAACCACUACACCACUGUGCAGCCCAAAAGUCAGACAAAAAAAGACAAAAAACAACAAAAACAAAAUAUUACAAAUACGAGACAAAAUGACAAAAAAUGAGACAAAUGUCACAAAACAAAAAGAGACAAAAAAUUUGACAAAAAAGUUACAAAGCGACAAAAUAAGACAAAAAAACACAAGCAAGUCAAAAAUGAGAAAUGAAACGACAAAAACAUGAGACAACCGAUAAAAGUUAGACAAAAACCAAACAAAACAAGACAAAAAUUACAAAAAUGAGACACAAAAGAACAAUCUAGUAUCUUACUUUCUAAUCAAAACAACUUGUCAUGGUCUAGAAAUUAUUUUAAAUUUAUAGUUUUACUAAUUUACAAUCUGCAGUUAAUGUCUUCUCUGGAAUUUUCACACUUUGAGGACCGGAUUGGACCCUCUGGAGGACCGCUUUUGGCCCACGGGCCUCAUGUUGGACACCCCUGUUCUAGAGGUGUAAAUAUUGGAUGUCACUUAUUAUUAAGACUUCAAUUCAGGUUUUACAUCAGAUCACAGGACUGGAUGUAAAAUGAUUUUCAAAAAAUGUGAAUUUUGGUGGAAAAAAAAAUACUUUGAUAAACAAGUUUUAAUAUUUUAACAAAUAACAACAAUAAUUUGUUUGAUUUAAUUAAUUAAUUACAUGAAUAAAUAUAAAGAUUAUCUUUAAAACAUCCAUCACCUGGACAAGUCAUCACUAGGGGGCGAAGUCUAGCCCAGCUGACUGAAGGUGAAGGUUCACCUGGACAGGUAACAGUCUGUCACAGGGCUACAUAUAGAGACAAACAAUCACACUCACAUUCACACCUACAAACAAUUUAGAAUCACCAGUGAACCUCAGCAUGUUUGUGGACUGUGGGAGGAAGCUGGAGAACCUGGAGAACACAGCAAGGAGAACAUGCAGACUCCAUGCAGAAAGACCCCAGGAAGGCCAGGAUGUGAACCGGGUUCUUCUACCUGUGAGGUGGUGGUGCUGUCCGCUGAAUCACUGCUACAAUAUUUUAAUUUUAUGGUUUAAAGUUUGAUGAAAGAGUUUGUUUUUUAUUAAUUAUCAGAAAACUUUUAAAGAAUUCUGUACCGUCUUGAGGAGAAUAAACUGGAGUUUCUUUCAGCUUCCUGUUCCUCACCUGCACAGGUGAGUCAGAGCUGCUCAAGUACAUCACCUGGUGGUCACUGCUGGAACUACAGAUGAGUGUCACUGUCGGCUGUUUCCUGGAGCAGUCGAGGAAGAAUCAGAAAGUAGUGAAAAAAAGGGGUUGUUUUGCGUGUCUUUGUGGUUGUUUUGCAAGCCUGGAGUGGCUAAUCAGGAGGACCGGGACAAUUCCUGGUGGGCCGGUGUUAACUUUUUGUUUCGUUUCGUUUUUAUGGCUCUGGCUGAUCAUUAUGCUGCUACAGCUGUCUCUGGGCCGCCUCCGCCUCCACUGGCAGCUCUUUUUUCUAUUUCUUGCAGGCGCGUCCUGACGUAACACGUCCGUGCACACGGUCGGUGUGUUUGAAAGAUGGAAAAUAGAACGAGCAAGGAUGGUGCGAAGAAGGCGAGAAUUAAAAAGACUAAAUCUCUGGAAACACAUGCAGCUAAAUGUACUGAAAUUGUAGACUUUUUCACUAAAACGAGCUCGUGGUUUGAACACAAAUCGACAAAUGAGGACGAUGAAACGGGACGGCAAGAUGUUGAACUUUUCCUGCAAACCACCGUUCAAGUUAAUUAUCAAGUCAGUGAACUGUGUGGCAAAUAACAUAACAUUACAGAAUUUAAAUAAUAGUAUGAUGCAACGCCACAUCACUGGGAAACUUUGUCUUGUAGCUCCUCAGAGUCAGAAUAAAGGUCCAGCACCAAGCAGCAGAGCGGGAAGCAGGAGCUCAUUCAGUGCAUAUUAUUAGAAUUAAUAUAAUGAAGAGUAUGAUGUAGACCUGCUCUACAUGAGAAGCCCUGAGAUGAUUCAGAACUACAUUAAUGAAACUGACCUGAACUGAUCAGAUGGCUCUGUAAAAAGGGGAGAUUUGUGCUGAGAAUUCUGAGCAUUUUUAAAAUGUGAUUUAGUGUCAGAAGCAGAGCCAGUAGUGAUGAAGGGAUUACUGCUGUCAGUAAAGGAACAGGUGAACUGCUGUAAGAGAGUGAACUAGCAAGCAUUAGUUCCAAUAUAACCACUUUAUAUGCCCAAAUGAUAGCAGUGACCUGUUUUAUUUUAGAUCAUUAAAAGUAAGAUAGUAAAUACACAAAGUCCACAACUCAACGCAAACAGAAUGAAAGUAAUAUGAAAUAAGACUGCAUAUUUAGCCAUUGAAAGUAUCUUAAUUGGUUAAGUCUAAAUGUGCGUACAGAUUAUUAUUUUUUAUUGUGAUACAGAUGCAGGUGAGUCUAGAGAAACUGGAGGAAGUGUGAAAGGAGAGCAGAGUCUCUCAGGGACUGAUUCCAGCAGCAGAACCUGAACCACAAGUUAGGAAGGAGACAGAUGAAGAUGAGUCGGUUGAUAUUUUGAUUUCUUUGCUCGCCCUCAGUCACAGGAUGUACUUACAUAUAUUCAGAUGUUGUAAAUAAUAGUGUUGGAGAUUUGCUCUUUAACUCAUGUUCUCAUCAUGUUUAUGAAAUCUAAGUUGUGAUUCAACUGUUUCCUUGCAGAGGAAAAAGAGAUGAUAGUGUUAUUAGAACGUACAACUUUUUAUUCUACUUUUUAUUUUUUAAAUGUAAUAUUUUUAUUUAUUCUUUUUGUAGCCCUUAUUUACUCACUGAAUUAAAUGAGUGGGCUUUG